GACUUUCGAGCGCUUGACUAUGUGUCGACAUACGACAGCAACCUUGAAUGUCCCAUCUGCCGGAGCGCCUUCGUGGACCCUGUCGUCGUGACCGACUGCGACCAUCAUUUCUGCCGCGACUGCCUCGAUUACACGACUAGCUGGAACCAGUAUUCAGGCACUUGUCCAACAUGUCGCCGUCCUGGAAGACUUAAUGGUUCCGGCUCUGCCUCGAAGCUUCUACUCAACAUCCUGGAUGAUCUCGUCGUCAAGUGCCCCAACCAGUCCGAUGGAUGCGACAAACAAGUCAAGAGAGGCCAUCUGCCCGACCACCUCAACAUCUACUGCCCUUGUACCUUGGUCGAAUGUCCGGAAGAUGGCUGCGACCAGAGGGCACCACGCAAGGACGCAGCACAAUGCCUGCAUCAGCCCGUAUCGUGCCUCGCUUGUCGCCAGUCCAUGACAGUGCAGGAACUCGAUUCCCACUGGCAGAAUGAAUGCGCCGACCAUGAUAUACCCUGCCCGUCCUGCGCCGCCUCGAUUCCGUACCGCUACCAGCAAACCCACCUUGCCCUUCACUGUCCCGAGACCAACGCUGCCUGUCCCGCUCGUCAAUUCGGCUGUCCGUUCAACACCAAGCGAAAACACUUGCCGAGUCAUUCUCUGAUGUGCUCCCUCGCCAAACUCGCCCCAUAUCUCGCUGCUCAACAGGAACGUCAAGACGAACAAGACCAAGCCCGCCAAUCGCUUGAGAAGAGGCUGGGAAUACUACAACAAGAAGUCUCUACAUACAGAAGCAUGUCAGGCACAUCACAACAAACAAGCAGACCGCCUGCUCCACCUGAGGAUACGUCGUACUUUGCAAACAACCUCGCAGACUUCGACCUAGCAGACUUUGAGGAUUUCCAGCCUCAUGCUUCGCCAACUCAACACCUGCUCUCUUUGCAUGAGAACCUCCGCGAAGAGGUCUCGCGUCAGGCAAACACUAUCCAUGAGGUCGAUACCCGCCUUAGCAUGAUGCUGCUGAAUGAGAACAUGCGUCUCAAGGACGAAUUGGCCUACCAGGGCGCUCAGCUUAGCGCUCUCAUGCGACAGGUCGGCUGGUUGACAAACGCACGCCUGCAG